AUGUCAUGUUGCUUGGGGUAUGGCUUCUUCGUGUGGAAGGAAGGUGUCAGUGAUGUGGUCCCGGGCUGGCUCCUAUGGCUGAGGUACAAUACCUUCUUUGUCUUGUACCCUAUUGGCAUCUCGAGUGAAGUGCUGCUGAUGUACUUGGCCAUCGAACCUGCUCAGGCUGGUGGUAGCGGAUAUGAUUGGGUGCUAAAAGCUGUGAUUGCCAUCUACGUACCUGGCAGCUACAUUUUGUACACACAUAUGAUGGCCCAGAGGAGGAAGAUAUUGAAAGGAAAGAGCAAAGCGAGCUAA